AUGGACCGAUCUUGGAUUACAGCACCUCGCAAAAGUGAAGCAUAUCAACAUGGGGUUGAAGAGUUUUUGUCAUUUGCCCAAAUACAUUCAGCAACCACAGAUGCCAACUUUUUCUACUGUUGUGUUAAAUGUGUCAACGGGAGGCGUCAUUCGUUGGAUGACAUUAGAUCGCAUCUAAUAUGUGAUGGCUUUAGCCCGACGUACACAAAGUGGAUAUGGCAUGGUGAGUUGGUUGGUCAUACAGCAACAUGUCCACCUCAUCCGGUUGAGCUACAAAGCGGAGAUCUCAUGGAAGACAUGAUACGUGAUCUUGGGCAAGAGGGCUUUCGGGAAUGUCAUGCAGAUAUUUACGAUGCUCUUCAAAUAGAUGCGCAGACGCCAUUGUAUGUUGGAUGCAAAAGCUUUAGUAGGUUAUCAGCUAUGCUAGCUUUGGUUAACCUAAAGGCCAGAUUCGGGUGGAGUGACAAAAGCUUCACAGAGUUGGUUUUGUUAUUGAAAAAUAUGUUUCCUGAACAUAACACCUUACCGAAGAGUCACUACGAGGCGAAAAAGAUAUUAUGUCCCGUAGGCUUGGAGUACCAAAGAAUCCAUGCAUGUCCGAAUGAUUGCCUUCUCUACAGAAAUGAGUUUCUGGAUAUGCAAUUUUGCCCCACUUGCGGACUUUCACGGUACAAGGGCAACGAUGGGGAAGGUACUGAAGGUUCAGCCACCGCUAGUAGUCGUCCAGCAAAGGUUUGUUGGCAUUUGCCAAUAAUACCUAGGUUGAAGCGGUUGUUUGCGAGUGUACAGGAUUCUAAAUACUUAAGGUGA